AUGUUCAGGGGCGCUUGGAUGUGGCCCGGGAAAGACGCCGCCGCGCUGAGUAUCUGCUGCUGCUGCUGGGCUCCCAGGUCGAGCGACAAACCUUGCGCCGAUUCUGAGCGGGCGCAGCGAUGGCGACUGUCCCUGGCGUCCCUGCUCUUCUUCACCGUGCUGCUCGCUGACCAUCUGUGGCUCUGCGCGGGGGCCCGGCCCCGGGGCAGGGAGGUAAGCAGCACCUUGCGGCCGCCCUGGGGGGCCGGCCGCGAGCGGCAGCGGGUGCCUCCUCGCGCGGUGUUGCCGCUCUCACCGCCGUCGCAGGGCGAGUCCAGCGCGUCCUCGGGCACCUGCAGCCCGCGAUACCGCAACCUGACCAAAGCCGCCCCCGCCGUCGGCCCUGGGCCGGUCUGCGGUGGUGUCCCAGAGCCCACGGGGCUGGACGCAGCUUGCACCAAAUUGGAAUAUUUGCAGAGACUUUUUGAACCGACCACCCCGGCUCCCCCUCUGCGGCCCCCUGACGCGCCUUCUCAUUCCCCGGCUGAGUCCCCCCCCCCCCCCCCCCCCCCCCCCGCCAAAAAGAACUUGCUCAAAGGCCACUUUCGGAACUUUACUCUCUCUUUUUGCGACACCUACACAGUCUGGGACUUGCUGCUUGGCAUGGACCGCCCAGAAAGACUGGACUGCACUCUGGACACCCUGCUGGGGGACCUGCUGGCCGUAAUGGCCAGCCCGGGCUCCGGGACCUGGGAGGUAUGUAACAACUGCAUCGAGGCGUACCAGCGACUGGACCGACAUGCUCAGGAAAAAUAUGAUGAGUUCGACCUCGUGAUGCAUAAAUACUUGCAGGCAAAAGAGUACUCUAUCCGGUCCUGCACGAAAGGCUGCAAGGCUGUCUACAAGGCCUGGCUGUGCUCAGAAUACUUCAGUGUGACCCAACAGGAAUGCCAGAGCUGGGUGCCUUGCAAGCAAUACUGCUUGGAGGUGCAGACCCGGUGCCCCUUUAUCCUCCCUGACAACGCAGAGAUGGUGUACGGAGGCCUCCCUGGCUUUAUCUGUACAGGGUUGGUUGAUACUUCACCAAAGCGGCCGGAAACCAAGUGCUGUGACGUGAAGUGGGUCUCCUGUGAGUCGGAGAAGAAGAAGUUCAAGGACUCUGAGCACCCCAAAACCCACCACCAGCAAUUUCACCAUUCAUUUUUCCACCACUACCCCCAACAGUAUCAACACUACCACCCCCGCCAUGAACCUCCAAACCGUGCCAGCAACAAACCCUCCCUGCUGCCGGUCUCUGGGGGCUCCUGCCUCAGUCCCAGCAGGAUCCGGCUCUGUUUCCUUGUUCUUAUACUUGUCCAUACCGUAGUGUCCUUCUCUAGCAGCCAGGGUGGCGGGGGACUGGGGCUGGAGACACUGCCUGCCCUAGAGGAAGAGUGACCUCCACCACAUCCUGACAUCAGCUCCAGCCCUGCCCCAGGUUGGGGGGGGAGGGAGCACCUCCCACGGGAAAUGUAGGAACAGGUGUGGGUUGGGGG